AAAUAGUAGAGAGGAUGUCAAUAACAGUUUCAGCUGCUCAACUUGGUGAACAAAAACAGAAACAAUUUAGUUAUUUACCAAAAAUAAUAAAUGGAGGAAUUGCGGGAAUUGUUGGUGUAACUUGUGUAUUUCCUAUAGAUUUGGUCAAAACGCGUUUACAAAAUCAAAAAGAAUUGCCUAAUGGAAAGGUUCAAUAUCAAGGAAUUUUGGAUUGUGGACGUCAAACAUGGAGGAAUGGAGGUCCUAAUGUUUACAGCAAAAUUCGUUCAUUAUAUUCUGGCUCUAGUGUAAAUAUUUUAUUGAUAACCCCAGAAAAGGCAAUAAAAUUGGUGGCUAAUGAUUUUUUUCGUUAUAAAUUGGCAUCUCCAAAUGAAAAAAAACUUUCAAUACCAAAAGGAAUGCUUGCAGGUGGUGCAGCAGGUUUUUGUCAAAUAAUUGUAACAACACCUAUGGAAUUACUCAAAAUACAAAUGCAACAAGCGAGUUCAACAAGCAAAACAUCAGCAACAAAAUUAGCUUUAAAUCUCAUAAAGGAAAAGGGAAUAUUUGGCUUAUACAGAGGAUUAGCCCCAACAAUGGCUAGAGAUGUAACAUUUUCUGUUAUGUAUUUUCCACUUUUUGCUGCAUUGGAUGCAUUAGGGCCCAGAAAAUCACCCCAAAGUGGAGAUGCUGUUUUUUAUGCUUCCUUUCUUGCUGGUAUUGUAGCGGGUGCUAUAGCCUCUUUUUCAGUGACUCCAUUGGAUGUUAUCAAAACUCGAAUUCAAUUAAUUGAAAAAUCCUCAACAGAUUCACCCCAAUAUAGAGGAAUAUUGGACGCAUUUAGAAAAAUUUUAAAAAACGAGGGCCCUCGUGCUUUCUUCAAAGGUGCAGGAUGUCGAAUGAUGGUGAUGGCCCCACUCUUUGGUAUUGCCCAGAUGGUUUAUUAUAUUGGUGUUGCUGAAUUUUUACUUGGACGUGAAAAGAGUCAACAUAUUUAA